GGUUAUGUUGACUCUUGUUUCCUUAAAAUAAGCUUUAUUGGCGCCUUCUAGAAAACACCGUCACUCGAUUCCUGUAGAUUUUCCGAUAAAUGUCCAGUCAAAUUCGUAGGUACGAAUCAGAAUUUUCCAGUAAAACCCUAAAAACAAUUUCCCGAGAAUAGAAUGUCGUCGUGGUAGUGGUAUGUAUUAUUUUCUUCGGUAGUAAAACCCUAAAAACAAUUUUCUCUUCAAUUUUUCAUAUUACUCUUCACUUCCAGUAAUGGAAUCAAGACGUAGAGCUAUUCUCAGUGCGGCUUCUAGCGGUGAACUUAACCGACUCAAGGAAUUACUUGCAAAAUGUGAUGAUGGAAGAGGACUAGCAAACACAGCGAGGAAUGUUAAAGAUGAUGAUGGAGCAGGAGUUAUUCACUUUGCUGCUGCAAAAGGGCACUUAAAUGUUGUCGAAUACUUGAUUGAGGAAUUGGGACUUGAUGUCAAUACCAAAGAUGAAAAAGGUGAAUCUCCAAUGUUACUUGCAACAAUAGGUGGGAAUAUGAACACUGUUGAUUACCUACUUAAAAAGGGUGCUGAUCUUAAGAUGGCGAACAACGUUGGUUAUAGUCCUUUGCAUUGGGCUGCUAAAAAAGGAUACACAGAGAUACUUACCAGAUUACUUUCAAGAGGUGCUGAUGUGAAUGUUCUAAGUGAUAACGGCACACCCCUACGUGAGGCUUCGGGCCAACCCGAGGCGGUGAAAAUUUUGUUGGACCAUAAUGCAAAUCCUAAUUUGGUAUCUAGCCGUUUAUUGACACCACUGAUGGGAUCUAUUGUAUCCCUUCUACCCCAAUCAUUACGAUGCGUUGAGCUUUUACUUGAGGCUGGUGCUGACCCAAAUGUUGGAUCAUAUGGAGAAACACCUCUUAUAGCUGCAGCAAAUGAUGGAUCAACAGAAAUCAUCAAGCGCUUAAUUCAAGCUGGUGCUAAUCCAGAAGUUACAAAUUAUCUUGGACUCACCCCAUUAGAAAUUGCCGCACUCAUUGGUAAUCAUCAUGGUGUUGAGAUUCUUUUCCCGGUUACUUCUCGUAUUUCGGGAUAUAUCGACUGGAGCGCUAGUGGAGUAAUUGCACAUGUACAGUCUGAUCAAGCUAAAGAACAGAGGAAACUGAAAGCCAAGGAGAAGUUUCACGAGGCGAAGUUAAGCGGCACAGAUGCAUUUAAGAAACAGGACUAUUUUAAGGCAAUAGUUUGCUACUCGCAGGCAAAUAAUUUUGAUCCGUAUGACACAAAUGUACUUUCUAACCGGAGUAUGAGUUGGGCCCGCGUGAAAGAAGGGCAGAAGGCUUUAGAAGAUGCCAAUGAAUGCAUAUUGCUAAGGCCAGAUUGGCCCAAGGCAUACUAUAGGGCUGGUGUGGCAUACAACUUACUAAAAAGGUACAGUGAUGCAGAAAAAGCCUUCCUUGCCGGUUUGGAGUUGAGUCCUAAUAAUCAAGAACUCAAAGAUGCAUACAGGAAAGCUGUUGAAGCUCAGAAAUGAACUAUAUCUGGAAGAAGAUGGCUAUGGCACUUUUUUGACAACUUUCUUAUUCUUAGGUUGCCAUCUUUCUGAAAACACAAGGCCUUACCUGUUUCCAUGCUUUUCCAUCUUGGAACCUCGAGAGGAAUUCAUACAUUUUGUGCAAGCGUAUCAGUUUGAUGGUGGAAGUAUUAAUGUCUAACUUCAAGUUGUAAGAUCUAGAAUCAUAUCAUGUUGAAUACAUCCCACAUCCCACUUUCGUGUACAGUCACCUCAUUUAAUAUAGGGUUUUUGGAUAAAGUACCCCUACUUUUAACUUUACAUUAAAAAAAUGUCCCGUUUUUUUUCCUUCUA